AUGCUACCUCGACCCCUCAUAUUUGAAAUUAUCACAUAUCUAGACACUCCAUCUCUUCUCUCCAUUUCUCUUGUUAGUCGAAAUUUGAAUAAAGCAGCAAAUUCCCCAUGUCUAUGGAAGAGAGAAUUUUUUAGAAUUUGGAUUCCAUGUGAUAACACCCCUGCUUUACUUUGCCAAGAUUUCCAUAUAGUGGACUGCUUUGAUGUGGACUGGAAAGGUCUUUGUAAGAAAGGCCUACAUCUUCGCAGUGAUUGACUAAAAUUGUCAGGAUUUGUACUUUCUUCUUAUGAAAUGCUUUUCCUUUAUAACGAAUUUACAGGAAGCUUAAAAGCGCCGAUCAUUCCUUUUCCAGCCUUGAGAAGAGAUAUACAAAGUUUCCCAACAAUUUUGCAAGAUUUACUAGGAAAUCCUGAAGAUCAGUUUGAAGGAGACUUUGAUUAUGAAGAUUAUACCAUGGCUUUUGCGAGCUGUCUCAGGGAAAGGCAAGAUGAACUAUAUGCUGAAAUAGAAAGUAUAAAUGACUUGAAAUUGCUGACAUGCUAUAGGUGAAAUAUAGAAAAUACUGAUAUCCCUGCAGAGCGGUUAAGUAUUGAAUCAGUUUCUACAGACUCUUCAGACACUUUUAUUGAUUUUUCUGGCCAAAAACAGACGGAAAGCAUGGUUUUGAACUUUUUUGAAACUAUUAAAAACACCCUUCAGUUUUUCUGUGAUGGAAUUACUGGGGCUUUAGUUGAGAGCGAUGAUUUGGUAAGUGAAUACUGCAAUAGAUGGACUGAUUAUUGUGCAGCCAUGAAAACUAUUAAUGGGUUGUUUCUUCCUUUGACAGAGAUGAUAAAUGAAAUUUAUGAGAGUAAGUUUCCUGAUAGCCCGAAUUUUCCAAGAAUGAAUAUGAUGAGGCUUAUGCCAGCUAUAUGAAGAAGGCAUGUUUUUGAAAAAAUAAAAGAUAGAAUUGCCAGCAGCCUUGUAAAUAAUGUAAAUUAUCAGAGGCAAAAAGUAUAUAAGGGAGAAAAUCCAGAUCUAGAAUUCUGUGAUACUGUCAAAGGCCUUAUUGAAGCAGUUAUGGAUAUCAGCUUAAAUGAGCUAAGUGUGUACUUCAAAAACCACUCCCAGCUUCAGCUUGAUGGCCCAUACUCAUUCCUCCACUUAGAACUUAUUUCUCAAUCAGCUGAAUAUUACAAUUCUUUAAAUUUACCUAUAAACACCCUUAUUGAUUUUUUUGAAAAUGAGCAUGCUUUUUCUACAGCAUUUUUGCCUCAAUCUACAGCUACUCAGCUAAAAGUAUUGAAAUAUAAAAAAAUUCAAAGCGAAAUUCUCAACAUUUUGUCAGCUGAAAUCAUAAAUUAUGCACCAGAAGAUCACCCGAUAAGUAUUAAUAAUUAUGACAUUUUAUCAUCUGUAAUUGGGAAAAUCCUCUUACAGGUCGAUAAUAAUCAAGAAAAAGUUAUAAGGUUUUUAUUGUCUUGCAAAGAGCAUAAAGAAAUUGUACAAAAAUUUAAUGACAUUCAGCAGAUAUUAGAUGAUAGCUCAAAAAGCGAAGAAGAUGAAAUUAUUGAAAGGAGGGCAAAUAUUCUAGGAGUCAGGUUUGACGCGACACCCGAGGAAAUAAUGCUUUUUUCCUUUUCUAGGGAUAUCAAUUUUAAUCAGAUGUCGGGUGUAUUAAAAGCUUUUUCAAUUUAUUAA